AUGCCGUGGGAUCAAUGGCGGCAUGACCUGAACGACAAGUUUGAUCGUCUCGGCGAAGACAAGAUGAGCAAGCUGCGCGGAAACCGCUCGCAAAACUCGUCGUACGAGGAGCGUAUCGCAUCGUUCCGUAGCGGAGGGGGUGCGAGCGGCACGGUGGGCGGUGCUCCCCGCCCACGCAUGGUGCCUCCGCCGCCGCCCGGCGGGAGCAAGCCGGCGGGCUAUGCGGCGGCUGCCCCUGUGGCGGCUGCGGCUGCGCCUGAAGAGGAUGUGCCGCCGUAUGAGCCGCCGGCGAGCACGCACAUCGAGUUUUCGCGCUUUACGGAAAAAGACAAGCAGGCGUUCUUUGCCAUGCUCGACGAGUACUUUGCCAAGCGCACGGAUACGUCGGAUAUGUGGCUCGACGAUCCCUUUGAUGCCAAGAGCCUGCUGCCCGUCGGCCACGGCCUCUGCUCCCUCGUGCACAAGGCCCCGCUGGUCGUCCAGAGCGAUAUCGUAGAGCGCCACGGCGGCGUGCCCGGAUUCUUGUGCCUGAAGCAGGUCGACGUCGACGAGCAGAAUCCUCCUCACAAUGUCCAGCACGAACUCGACCUGAUGAAGCGCCUGCGGCACGAGAACCUCUCGGCCCUGCUUGCGGCGUUUACCGAGACCCCCGACUCUUUUACUACUGUAUAUUACCUUGCGAUGCCCUUGUACCCCGUCCUCCUUUCGGCUAUCCUGGACGACGAACGCUUCCACCCCGGCCUCGCGCCGUUUCCGGCCGCCGAUCAGCAGGACGAGGCGUGGCCCGCGCUGCUCCAAGGCCGUACACACGCCGGCUUUGUGCUGCAGUCGAUGCGCGAGCUCCUCAGCGCGGUCGCGUACCUGCACGCCGAAAAAGUCGCGCACCGCGACCUGAAGCCCGCGAAUGUCAUGCUCGGCGCCGACGGCCGCGUGCGCCUGAUCGACCUCGGCGUCGCCUGGUCAUCGGGCAUGCACGAGGCGGCACAGUUCGCCAACGAGCACAAAACCGACUUGCAGCUCGCGCGGAUCAGCGAGGUGGGCACCGGCGCGUACCGUGCACCGGAGCUCCUCUUUGCGCCGCAGCACGGCUACAAUGCGCUGCAGUCGGACAUGUGGUCGCUUGGUGUACUGAUUUCGAGCUUCUUUACGCGCCUCGAGCAGGUCCCAAGCGCCGACUACGACGACGAGGAGGACUGGAGCGAGUCGCACACCGGGUUCAAGCCGUGGGAGCAGGCGCUCUGGCCCAAGCCGCCGCUGCACACGCCGGGCACGCUGCGCCGGGCGGCGCGGAACGUGACGCGUCGCGCGACGCUCUUUGAUGCAUCGCGCGGCGAUAUCGGCUAUGCCGGCGACGUGUUCAGCGUGCUGGGCCUGCCGAGCGACGUGGCCGCCUGGCCGGAAGCCGCGCACUUUCAGCCACCGCUGCACCAGUUUCCGUUUGUGCCGCACGCCGGCACAAAAGACCUGCUGGGGCGCCUGCCGGAGCUCGCCGAGCUCGCGCGCGUGCCGUCCGACGAGGCCGCGGCGCUGCACGCUUUCAGCGUGGAAUGGCUGCCGCGCCUCGUGCAGCUCUCGGCGCGCGAGCGCCCGACGGCGCAGACGCUCCUGGACGCGCUAUGCUAG